UCGCAGAGCCAUUCAGUCGCUCAAGACCCGGAGGAGGAGCUGGGCCAGGCUUACGAUGUCGAGUCUCAAGGAGCAGGCGUGUCCUGGAUUAAAGGGAGGGGCCAUGUCCAGGACUCAGCAGUAUCGCAAGGUGAUGAAGCCACUGCUGGAGCGGAAGCGAAGGGCUCGCAUCAACCGCUGCGUGGAGGAUCUGAAGAACCUGCUCCAGGAGGUGAUCCACAUGGAGGCUGAGGCUAUGGCCAAAUUGGAGAAGGCUGACAUCCUGGAGCUGACCGUUCACCACCUGCACAGGCAGCGCCGUUCUGCGGCCACGCCCACUACGCCUUCCGCCUCUGAGCCUCUGCACGAGCAAGUUUCCGCGGAGCGGUACUGGAGCGGCUUCCGACAGUGCGCCCUGGAGGUGUCCCGCUUCCUGCAGCGCAACAACUGCCGGCUCAACGCCAAGUUCGUUGAGGAGAUGGAGCAGCUCGUGCCCUUCGAGACACUGUACUGGAGGCCUUGGUAGCCCCGCGGGUCGUUCGCGCAGAAGUCCUUACCUCACCAUUUCGCAAUGGACCAGCCACACCACUG